GAAGGGUAGGUGAUAAUGUAGUGUAAACAUAGAACCAUCCUUUUGAGCAUCAUUGUACCACUUUACCUCCAAUGCCGACACUCACCCUCUUUGUGUUCUUGGUGUUGACAGCAACAUUAUUACUCACCAAUGGCGACCCUCCGCCUCAGGUCCCUUGUUACUUCAUAUUUGGCGAUUCCUUAAUGGACAACGGCAACAACAACCACCAUCGUACUCAAGCAAAAGUUAACUUUCCACCAUAUGGCAUUGACUUCCCCGACGGCCCUACCGGCCGGUUCUCCAAUGGCCGGAAUAUCGCCGAUGUCAUUGCUCAAUUACUUGGGUUCAAGAGUUUCAUUCCGCCUUUUGCGACUGCAAAAGUUGAAGAAAUCGUAAAUGGCGUAAACUAUGCAUCUGGGGGAGCUGGAAUUCGAGAUGAAACGGGACAACAUAUGGGUUAUCGAAUAAGCUUAAACAACCAGAUAAUCAACCAUCGAAUAACGAUUUCACAACUCUCCACCUUGAAUGGAAAAGGAAGUGUUUAUGUGACAAGAAAAUACUUAAAUCGGUGCAUAUAUACUAUCGGGAUGGGGAACAACGAUUACAUUAGCAACUACUUUGUUCCCAAUUACUAUGAGACGAGUUCUGAAUAUACGCCUGAGGAAUAUGCAGAAGUCCUUGUUGAACAGUAUUCCCGACAACUGCAGGAAUUGUACGAAUCUGGAGCUAGAAAGUUUGGAAUUUUUGCAGCAGGCUAUUCGGGCUGUUGCCCAGGAAUCAUGUCCGAUUAUAGCUUGAACUCUUGCGUCGACUUAGUUAAUGAUGCGGUCAAAUUAUUCAACACCCUACUUAAUACUACUCUAAAUGAUCUAAACAAUAGAUUCCUUGACGCAAAGUUCAUCUUGAUUGACGCCCGUUUAGAAUAUCCUAAUGAUUUAAAUGUUACUGAUAAACCAUGUUGUGAAAUUGCGGUGAGCACCACUGGAAAGGGGAGUUGUGUUCCGAAUCAAGUUCCAUGUAGCAACAGGGAAAACUAUAUAUUUUGGGACGGUUUUCAUCCCACAGAGAGGGUGAACGUUAUAGAUGGAACAAAGGCAUAUGAAACACUCUCUCCUUUAUACAAUUCAACAGCUAUAUUACCUUUAACACACAAAGAAGUUGGAUAUGUAGUCAGUGAUGCAUGAUUUUAAUGUUGGUUUUCGUCUUACCACCAAAUCUAUUUUGAAUGGUUUUUUAUGUGUAAUAUAGUUUUAUUGAUUUGAAUAUAUGAAUAAAAAGCAAGAGAAAUUUAAUGUUUUAA